AUGUCAACGGCAAAUCAUCAUAGAAAAUAUGAUUCCGGCUAUCAAAAGCGUAGAAAGAAACAAAGAGUCGAUGAACUAAUUGAAUCUCAGAAAGGGGCCAUAGAAAGAUUUAUUAGGAAAGAACCACUAGUUAAUCAGACACUUGAUCAGGGUACUACACAAAAUACUAGUGUUCCUAAUGAUGGUGAGACUGAGACACAGGUAGAGAACAUUCCUCCUAUACUUGAGGAAAACAUUGAGGAAGUUCCUAAUAAUGGUGAUAACAUGGAUGGCACUAGCAUUGAUGUUAACUUGGAUAGUUCUUCUCAUGAUGCCAAUGUUGAUACUUCUUUUUCGCCUAACAUAUUUGAUCCAAGGUAUUGGGAUUCACUUGGUCCUGGGCAGAUUGACAUUUUAGCACAAAAGGGUCCUAAAAGAGAAUUAUCCAUUGUGAAAGGUCCUAAGGAUAGAUAUGGCAGAAGGUUUUCUGCACUAGCCUAUACUAGAAUCCUACGAAAUGGGGAGGGGUGCAAUAGAGAUUGGCUUGUGCAUUCCAAAGAACUAGAUAAAGUUUUUUGCUUCAGCUGUAAAUUGUUUACAAAUGGGCAUCGAAAGGUAUCUGAUACUGAUAAUGAUCCUGGAUCAAGUAGCGAGGCUAAAAGUUUGGCAAAUAAUGAACUCGGAGAGUUUGAAUUUAUACUAGCAAUAGUCAUUUGGUAUGAAGUAUUGUAUGCUGUUAAUUUAGUGAGCAAACAUUUGCAAGCAAAGGAUAUGCUUAUUGAUGUUGCUAUUGAGAAAGUGGAAGGGUCGAUUUCUUUCUUCAAAAAGUACAGGGAAACUGGUUUCUUGGAGGCACUAGAGAUAACCAAAGGAAUUGCACUUGAGAUGGAUAUUGAUACUAAGAGCUUGAAAUCAUCUUGUCAGAAUCUUGAGGUUGCCCUUGCAAAAGAUGGGAAUUCGGAUAUUGAUGCCAGUGAACUCGGAACGAAGCUUUUCAAAGUUGAAGCUAUUAAAGUCCUACUUGCGUUCCACAAUGACAUAAGAAAGGCUCAAUGA